GAGAACAACUAAAAUAUGCUUUUUUUCUUUUUUUUAUUAUAUGAUUGCUCCAUCUAUUGAGAAAAUAAAAUAAUACUUUUAUUUAAAAGAAAAUCUUAAAUUUUGGUUAGACAUGUAAUACGUGUGGUUUUUGCAUUAUUCUUUCACAUAUCUCCUUGUUUUUAUUAGUAUCUUUAAUAGUUUUUUAAAACUCUGUAAAUAUAUAUUCUUAAGAUAUUUAAAGUAAUAUCAAGUGUAUAUUUAUAUAUCUGAUGUAACAAAGAUAUAGGUUAUAAUUUUGAGAUUAUUAAUACAAUGGAUUUAUCAAAAAUUCCAAAUGAUAAAAAAUUAUAUCUUUGCAAAUGGUAUUUUAGAGCUGGAUUUGUUUUUCUACCAUUUCUUUGGGCUGUGAAUGCUAUUUGGUUUGCAAAAGAAGCUUUCGUCGAACCACAUUAUGAGGAACAAAAACAAAUUAAAAGAUAUGUAAUAUUUUCUGCAAUUGGAGCAGCUAUAUGGUCAGCUGCUCUUUUAGCAUGGAUUAUUACAUUUCAAACACAAAGAGCAGCAUGGGGUGAAUUUGCAGAUUCUAUUAGUUACAUAAUUCCAACUGGCAUUCCUUGAUGUUAAAAUAUAUCUAUCUUUGUAUAUUAAGUGAUUAUUAUAAUAUAAAUUUUUAUUGUACAAAUUAAAAUAAAAUAAGACUGUU